UCCGUCGAGGUCUCCGGGCUGUGGGGGUGCCUAGGGGUGGCCCCGGGGACAGCGGCACGGCCUGUGGUCCCGUGGCGACCGGGAGGGCUGGCAGUCGAGCCCUGGGGCGCAGGAAAGCGCUCUUCCUCUCCAGCCCCCGCCCUCCCCGCCCGGCGCACACCUCCUCCCUGACGCAUUUUGCCGCACAGGCUGUAAUAUGGCGGCAGCGACGGCGGCCUCGGCUCCCGGGAGCUAGGUGCGUUUUGGAUGCUGCUUCUCCACCGGGAGACCGAGCGCUGCUGCGCUACGUAUUUCCAUGCCAGGUCUCAUGGUGCACUCUUGUAAUCACCGUACUCAGGAGGUAGAAGCAGGAGGAUUGAAAGUUGAAGUUUAGCCUGAGCUUCAUUGGGAGACCCUGCCUUAAAAAAAAAAAUCUCUAAUAAGAAAAUAAAUUCAGUGUCACUCAAAUUUCUGUGGAAGUCAGGAGCAAAAGGAUUGGCUCAAUUGUCCUUGUCUGCUUGCCUGAAACUGUAUCAUAUACACUUACAGACUGAAGUGUUGGAACCAUGGGAAUAAAGGUCCAGCGUCCUCGAUGUUUUUUUGACAUUGCCAUUAAUAAUCAACCUGCUGGAAGAGUUGUCUUUGAAUUAUUUUCUGAUGUAUGUCCCAAAACGUGUGAGAAUUUUCGUUGUCUUUGUACAGGUGAAAAGGGGACAGGGAAAUCAACUCAGAAGCCAUUACAUUAUAAGAGCUGUCUCUUUCACAGAGUUGUCAAGGAUUUCAUGGUUCAGGGUGGUGACUUCAGUGAAGGGAAUGGAAGAGGAGGAGAAUCUAUUUAUGGAGGAUUCUUUGAAGAUGAAAGUUUUGCUGUUAAACACAACAAAGAAUUUCUCUUAUCAAUGGCCAACAGAGGGAAGGAUACAAAUGGCUCACAGUUCUUCAUAACAACAAAACCAACUCCUCAUUUAGAUGGGCAUCAUGUUGUUUUUGGGCAAGUGAUCUCUGGUCAAGAAGUUGUCAGAGAGAUUGAAAACCAGAAGACAGACGCUGCUAGCAAGCCGUUUGCUGAGGUGCGGAUACUCAGUUGUGGGGAACUGAUCCCGAAGUCUAAAGUUAAGAAAGAAGAAAAGAAAAGGCACAAGUCAUCGUCGUCGUCAUCCAGUGAUUCAGAUAGCUCAAGUGAUUCUCAGUCCUCCUCAGAUUCUUCAGAUUCUGAAAGCGCUUCUGAAGAAAAAUCCCGAAAAAGAAAAAAGAAACAUAGGAAAAACUCCCGAAAACAUAAGAAGGAAAAGAAGAAGCGAAAGAAAAGCAAGAAGAGCCCAUCUAGUGAAAGUGAAGCGGAAAAUCUUGAUGCACAGCCCCAGUCUACCGUCCGUCCAGAAGAGAUCCCUCCUAUACCAGAAAAUAGAUUCCUAAUGAGAAAAAGUCCUCCUAAAGCUGAUGACAAGGAAAGAAAAAACAGAGAGAGAGAAAGGGAAAGAGAGUGUAAUCCACCUAACUCCCAGCCUGCUUCAUACCAGCGACGAUUCUUAGUUACUAGGUCUGGCAGGAAAAUUAAAGGAAGAGGACCAAGGCGUUAUCGAACUCCUUCCAGAUCCAGAUCAAGGGAUCGUUUCAGACGAAGUGAGACUCCUCCACAUUGGAGACAAGAAAUGCAGAGAGCUCAAAGAAUGAGGGUGUCGAGUGGUGAAAGAUGGAUCAAAGGGGAUAAGAGCGAGUUAAAUGAAGUAAAAGAAAAUCAGAGGAGCCCAGUUAGAGUAAAAGAGAAAAAAGUAACUGAUCACAGACACAUGUCUGAGAGUCCAAACAGAAAAAUAGAAAAGGAAAAGAAAGUUAAAGACCAUAAAUCUGAAAGCAAAGAGAGAGAGAUCAGAAGAAAUUCAGAAAAAGAUGAUAAAUAUAAUAAAAACAAAGUGAAGAAAAGAGGCAAAUCAAAAAGUAGGAGUAAGAGCAAAGAGAGAUCCAAGAGUAAGGAAAGAGAAUCAAAGCAUAACAGACACGAAGACAAGAGGAUGAGGUCAAGAAGUAAAGAUAGGGAUCAUGAGACUGUUAAAGAAAAAGAAAAACAGUUGGAUUCUAAAGGGAAAGAUCAGGAAAGGAGUAGAAGCAAGGAGAAUUCUAAACAGGUAGAAUCAAAAAGCAAUGAGCAUGAUCAUAGCAAAAGUAAAGAAAAGGAUAGACGUGCACAGUCUAGGAGUAGAGAACGCGACCUAACUAAAAGUAAACACAGUUACAACAGUAGAACAAGGGAGCGAAGCAGAAGCAGGGACAGGAGCAGAAGAGUGCGCUCUAGAAGCCAUGACAGAGAUCGCAGCAGAAGCAAGGAGUACCACAGGUACAGAGAACAGGAGUAUAGGAGAAGAGGAAGGUCACGGAGUCGGGAUCGAAGAACUCCAGGACGAUCGAGAAGUAAAGACAGGAGGAGGAGAAGGAGGGAUUCCCGGAGCUCAGAAAGAGAAGAAAGUCAAAGCCGAAACAAAGAAAAAUACAGAGGUCAAGAAAGUAAAAGUUCACACAGAAAAGAAAAUUCUGAGGGUGAAAAAAGAAUGUACUCUAAAAACCGUGAUCAUAAUAGCUCAAGUAAUAACAGGGAAAAAAAGGCGGAUAGAGAUCAAAGUCCAGUAGUGUCGAAACCAAAACAGAGCAGUCAGGACAAUGAGUUGAAAAGUCAGGAGGACGAGAAGACCAGAUCUCCAGUUGAAAAAGAAAACCAAAAAUCAAAGGGUCAAGAAAAUGACCAUGUACAUGACAAAAAUAAAAAGUGUGAUCAUGAGUCAAGCCCCGGAACAGAUGAAGACAAAAGUGGAUGAGUGAGUUGUGUACACUUAUUUCCGCCCUAUCUCAAAUUUUAAGUUUUCGAGACUUAACUGUUAAUAUCUCUUUUUUGUUGUUGUUCUUAUUGUUUUGGGGUUGUUUUUAUGUUUGUCUCCCCCCCCCUUUUUUUUUUUAAGUGAACUUCAUUGAGUUGAUGAUCUUUUGAUAAUCUGCUACCUGGAUAAUUUGUACUGCAAAGUUUUAAUAAACUUGAAAUGAAAACAAACCACUUUGGUGUAAUAUUGUGUGCUAUGUUAAACUAUUUUAUGUAUUCAUUUUUCUGUUGCAACAAUUAGUCAAUAGCAGCCUACUUUGCUUAAUCAACCAUUUGGAAACAAGCUUAUCUGUUGGUUGCAGUACAUUGUUAGACAAGUUUGCUUUUUAAUAAAAAUCCCUUGAGAAACCACUAGAAGAAGUUUUAUAUAGUUUUUGUUUUGCAUUUAUAAUAGGCUUACAGCAAGUUCUUUCAAUUACACAGAAGCAGGAUCUUUAUGGGAUUGUGAAUCAUCACUUGAUUUUACAGUUAUUUGUAACUGUAUUUACUUACUUUCCUUGUGCUUUAUACCUUAUACUUUACAAUUCCAACUGUAGCGUGUUCCUUAGUACUGUCCAUGUCUCUGAGCUAUCAAAAUGAGAUGAAUGCUGUUUUCUGUUUAGGUGCUGGUUGAGCUUGAGUUGCUGUUAUACAGCAUUUGACAGAAAUUAUACCUUGAAAGAUCAGACUAUGUUUUUAAUUCUUGUUACUUUUGGUGUGAAGAACUGAAAUUGUUGCUUUUUAAGAACAUGUUAUUACCUUUUUCUAACAAUUUAAAAAAUACAUUUCUCAUUAAAACAUACUACUUGUGUAGGUACUUAAGCUAGACUGAUUCUAAAAAGCAUUAGUAUUGGAAAUAAGAUUUCACUAUUUUGGCUACUAGCCUAUAUCACAUUGAGUGUUAAUUCUGCAUGGUUUGGGUUUUCUUAAACUUGGACUAACUUCUCUAAUUCUCAUAGCUGUGACUAUGAAAUGUCAAGAAGAUGCAUCUUUCUGUGUAUGUACCACGAUAGGCUGCAGCAUGUUUGUGACUCUGGUUUCUUUCUGUUCAGAUGGCUUUAGACCACUUUACUGUUAACAUAAUUUUAACUUGGCAUGUAUAACAUUGCCAUAUAGAGUAGAGUAGAAAGUUGCAAAAUAUGAUACCUUACAGAGAUAAACAACAUAUCCAAAGUCCAUUCAGAAUUUUGUGUGUUGUAUUUUGCUAUUUUUUGUGAUGUGUGGCCUUUUAUUCUGUAAUAUUCUUCUAAAUAAAACAUUGAACAUCCGGCAAACACAAAACCUGCCUCAUUUGAAAAGUAUUUCAAAACUCCAAUUAAUAGUAGUCUUUAGAAAGUUUUGUACUUUAAUAUUUGUCAGUAUAGUGUCAACUCUUCCAAGGUAGCUUCUUGGUAAACCCAGUAGCUACUCAAUGCUAUUUGUACUGAAUAAAGCGAUGCCUAAUAUACUUCCCAUUGUUAUUCCAGUAAGAUACUGGCAGUGUAGCUGGUAUAGAGUGAAGGGUGUGGUGAUUUUGAAGCUCUUUGGAAUAUUCUGAAAUAAAUACCCAUGGUGGCAUCUUUACAAAUUGUUUCUCCUGAUGGAAAGAAUUAGUAUAUAUAUGUAUGUUACAUAUCUGAAAAUGAGUUAAUUAUGUCUUAAAUUCAGUCAGUUGUGUUUUAAAAUACAUCCCAAACUAUCUAAUCUUUAAGAAGGACUUUCCAGUUCUUACAAAACAAAACGAGACCAGCCUGGUCUACAGAGCUAGUUCCAGGACAGGCUCCAAAGCCACAGAGAAACCCUGUCUCAAAAAACCAAAAAACAAAAAACAAAAAGAAAAAAGAAAAAAAAAAAAAAGACAUGGGAGAAAAUUAGUAAUGUCUGUAACAUGCUGUUUGGGUUAUCAAAAGAAUUGCUCCGAAGGAAUGAGAGAGAUCAAGGAGCAAAAAAGAAAAAAAAGAAUGGCUCCGUGCGGAGCAUUUAUUUAUGGGCUCACCCACCCCUGCUUUGUUAGUUGUUUUUUUGUUUUUCUUUUUUUCCAAUAGAACAGAUAUGAGUUGAGAAGACAAUCAUCUAGACUUUAUUUUCAGAAUAUAAAGAGCGUUUAGAAAACUACUUAACUAUCAUUAAUUGUACCUCAAGAUUCACAGUUAAUCUGAUUGCACAAAGCGCAAGCCCUUGUUUUAGUAGUUGUGCUAGUAGAUUUUUAGUUCUUUCUUAUACAUUAUUUUCCCAAAACUAUUUCCUAUUCCUAAUUUGAAUUUACAGUUAAUUUGUAAUUUUGUCUUUAUACCUUUUAAAAGUAGUUUAACUUGUUUUUAUUGCUUGAUUCCAAAGCUGAGGAAAUUGUUUCACUAUGUAAGACUUCAAUGAUUAUUGUUUGAAUUAUUUUUCUGGGUAAACUGUCUACUACAGAAAUGAACACUACAAAGAGAUUGUAAGUGAAAGUAAAGAUAGGUUUUGCAUCAUAGCUGGUUCUCAAUGGGUAGUGCCAAUGGACGAGAUGGAUCAGAAUGUCUCCAGAUACCCAUAAUAGAUUUGUGUCAGGAAGGAAGCUACUGGUUGUUUUAAAACAUUGACUUAGAACUAGUUUCUUUUAAAUCACUUAAUUGGAACCUUUAGAAUGUGUCAAGAAUUAAUCCGUCAGCUCUUUGCCCCAAUGUGGUCCAGAUGCUCACUGGCUCUGCAGGUGGCCUUUGCUUCUUGUUUCCUAGUGGAAGGUGUUAAGCUAAACACGAAAGACUGCUUCAUGUUAUGGAUAGGAACAUGCUGGGUUUCUGGCAUUUGGGGUAAUAGUAUUAACUGAUGAGUCUCAUUAACUUUCUAGUGUGUAUUUUGAGCAGUUGGUAUGAUCGUGAUUGGUCGUAUCUGUUCCACAUGGUGGUAGUUUUAAUCACAGAACUUUUUACAACAGGUCUCUGUAGAAAUGGGUUGGGUUUCUCUUUCCCCAGAAGGGACUUAGACUUGAUUGAUAUAAAGAACUAAAUGAGCGUUUUUGUGUCUUUUGUUUCUAUUCACUGUAAGUAUUCCUUGUAUGAUUUAUGCAUUUACAGUUGGCAAACUGUGUAGUUUGAUAAACUUUCAUUGUUAAAUUUUUUUUAACUAAUUCUUGUUUUAUAAAAUAAAGUAUAUGGCAAGUGCUGAUUGCCAUCACUGCCUGCAGUGGGGUUCUCAGCUGCCUUGAAGGGAUUCGCCUGCUAUGUGACAAACAACAAAUAACACUAAAAACAAGAAGGCUGUCCAGGCCACAGAGGGAAGUGUUGAGGGCUCUGUUCACUUCAUUUUUCCCCCAGUGCCAGAGGGUGUAAAGGUAUUGGUUUGUUUCUGUUUGCUUUUAUUUCUCUUUUUAGACAAUUCCAUGUCACUAAAAGCACAUGCUCUGUAUUCUCUGACUCCCCCACAUGCCCCGUGUGUUUAUAGUAUUUUUGAAAGAUUGAUAAAUAAAUUGGGUAUUUCUAUGGGAUCGUAAGUCUGGAAGGGGAAAGCAUAAUUAAGUUAAUGAACUUCUUUUCCUAGCUCCAAAGUCACUGUGAUGUAUAUUUUUUUAAUGGAAUUUAGAAAACUUGUUUCCUCGAUUGUAAAAUUAGUUUACAAAUGCUGCUUCUCUUAGCAUUAGUCUAGUAAAUGUUGGACUGUUUCCUGCAAACUGCAUUUUACAAAAUUUAAACUUCAAAACUGUAUUAACUUUUAUAGUUAACAUUGUAU